GCGCCGAGCGGCCGAGCGGGCGGAGCGCGCCUACGCCAGCGCCGUGGCAGGCAUGCCCGCCAUGAAGCAGGAGCACGACGGCAAGGCUCCAGGCAAGUCCCUGCCCGUGCACUGCGUGGUGGAGGCCGUGUGCAGCGUGGAGCGCUCCAAGAGGCCCGCCGCCGUGGAGACGGACUCCUACGUCAUCAUCCCCGCGUCCACGGCCUUCGACGACCUGGUGCCCGUGGCCCUGGCGCAGCUGGGCUACGCGCGCGACACCGCCGCGGCCGCCACCGGCUCGGUGGUCAUCAAGAACUGGAAGCCCCUCAGCUUCGACAAGAUCGCCGACGGCCCGCUGGUGUCUGUCGGCGACAUCCUGGGCGAGCUCACCACCGUGGCCACGCUGCGGAUCCAGAUCUUCAGGUCCCGGCCCAGCGCGCUGUCCGACAUGCGCGACAAGCUGCUCCGCCUGUUGCUGACACACUCGCGGGCACUGCUGCUCAACUCGGGCUGCCCGCUGGACGAGGUGACGCUGACCCAGCUCUGCCGCGGCACCGCCGCCUCGGCCAGCGACCGCAUCCCGGAGCCGCCCGAGGACGUCCGCCGCAAGUUCGAGCACUGGUGGUCCAUCCAGCUGCAGCAGCAGCAACAGCAGCAGCCGGCCUCCCACCGCCAGCCCCUGGGCGCCGGGCCCCUGCCGCUGGGGGCGGCCGGCCUGGACGCCGUGGCGCUGUCGCACAAGCUGAUGCAGGACGUGCACCCCGCGCUGCAGACCGUGCAGAACCAGUACCCGACCCCCAAGACGCGCAUGCGCACGUCCUUCGACCCCGAGCUGGAGCUGCCCAAGCUGCAGCGGUGGUUCGCGGAGAACCAGCACCCCAGCCGGCAGCAGAUCCAGCAGUACGUGCGCGAGCUCAACAGCCUGGAGUCGCGGCGCGGACGCAAGCCCCUGGACGUGAACAACGUGGUGUACUGGUUCAAGAACGCGCGAGCCGCGCAGAAGCGCGCCGAGAUCCGCAGCAGCGGCCCCGGGUCGCACUACAUGUCGCAGAACGGCUACAACAGCAACAGCCACAGCCCGCCCGGGUCGGGUGCGCCGCCGCACUUCCUGAGCCCCGAGACGCUGCUGACGGAGGGCCCGCACGCCAGCCCCGCCGUGGGCCCCGGCGGCCGCCUGCUGCCCAUGGGCUCCAUGGGGUCCAUGGCGCUGGGGGGCAUGCCGCCCUGGCCGCUCAGCUCGCCGCCCAUGGCGCACAUGCACCGCGCGCCGCACCCUGACGGCGCCGCCGCGGCGCAGCAGGACGACAUGGACUCGCACGGCGACCGCAACAGCCCCAUCAGCCUCAUCAUGAACCGCGAGGACAAGGACGACAAGGGCAAGGACGAGUCGCGCGACGACAAGGAGACCAAGGACAGCGACCUGGACGUGACCAACGACGACAGCCGGAUGAGCAUCAAGCAGGAGCCUGGCGCCGGCGGCGGCGACGACGACGUGGCGUCCACCGGCCACAACAAUAACAACAACAACCACGUCAAGGACUGCGAGGCGCUGUCCGACAUGGAGGAGGACGACGAGGAGGACGACGAGGGCUCGGAGGGCGGCGGCGGCAACGCGGACCUGCAGCAGCAACAGCAGCAGCAGCUGGAGCGCUACCACCAGCACCACCAGCAGCACGGCUUCCGGUCGCCGUCGCCCUGCGGCCCGCCGUGCGGCCCGCCGUCCGGACUGCCCUUCCCGAUGUUCGGCCACUCCAUCAUGUACAUGAGCCAGUACCUGCCCGGCCUGGCCGCCGCGCACCCCGCCGGCCAGCAACAGCAGCAGCAACAGCAGCAGCAGCAGGGGCUCAACCUGUCGGCGUCGGAGGAGCGGCGCAAGAGGAACAGGACCUUCAUCGACCCGGUGAGCGAAGUGCCGCGCCUCGAGCAGUGGUUCAAGCACCACACGCACCCCCCGCACAACCUGAUCCUCAAGUACACCGAGGAGCUGAACCACAUGCCGUACCGCUGCAAGUUCCCCCGCCUCGAGCCCAAGAACGUGCAGUUCUGGUUCAAGAACCGGCGCGCCAAGGACAAGCGCAUGAAGGUGUCCAUGUUCGACAACGGGCCGCAGUCCAACCACCAGCAGGGCGUGUACCACGGCAGCGAGCUCAUGCUCAAGCGCGAGUAGAGGGCGGCGUGGAUCCACGACAGGUGCGCUGGGCGCCUCAACGAACUCGCGUGGCCGCGAACCUCGUCCCCGGAGGGGUUCGGCGGCCACUGUUAGAACGAAUUUUGUUAUGUACUAUGUAUUUCCUAUUUAUUCUAUAGGAGCUGUGAUUUUGUUAAGUGCUGGAUGUUAAAAUUAAGCUUCGAGGGAAGAAUAUUAUGUGCAUCAGUAUUAUGGAAGUGUGUUUUUUACGAUUUGUUUUCUCUCUUUUUUUUGGAUCAUGUUACUAUUUGCGGCACAUGAAUUUCCCGCGCGCGUUGGAUUGGAUUGUUUCUUUUUUAUUGUUUUACUUGAUAUUUAGGCUUGUGAUUGUUAAGGAAAAACGCUUAUGAGGUGGUUUCGCUUUCACGGGAGAGGCGGGGUUGGGGCGGACGGACGCUUCCGGGUUCCAGGCCUACAGUCCGUGUGAUAUUAAUUUUUACUCUUCGAGCCGUGACGCGCAGUGUGAGUGUGACCCUGUCAAGCCAAAGAAUGUGCGGAGAUUUUGUCGCAGGGGCGCGGUCCUCUGUUCCAGACUGACGCAGGGCAGUUCACGACGAUUCAGCAAACCUCUUUUCAAAUUUCGGGGGUUUCGUCGACUCCCCUCUCGACCCCCGGUAAAUUGAAUGCAUUUUGCCGCCUAAUUUAGAUUGUCGGGACGGCAUUCUUGUUGAUGGUUGAACUCCUGCCGCCGUUCGGCGUGUUGAUGGUUCUUGUGAAAUUAUCCUCUGCGCUUGAAAGCAAAUGUCGAGUUAUUGCUGCGCUUGCUGCGCUUUCGUCAAAGCUGGUCCAGCCUUCCAGCCCCUCGGGAGUCCUAGAAGCUCAAGUAAUGCGAGUUAUGAAUAAAUUUGUGUGGCUGCUUGUCGUUUCCCGGGUCGCUGCGCCAUGCCUGCGCCAUGGCUGCGCCGUGCUCUGGGGCGGCCGGGCUCCGCCAAGGCACCUCCCUCUGUGAUUGGUCGCCAGCUGAUCUGGGGUGAUACGACAUGACGACGCCAGGCCGUGAGGACGCCGUACUUAAAGUUUCACUUGUUACGCAUCUCAAUAAUUUGUUGUUGUUUUAUUUGUUUCGUUCGGAUGGUCUAACUAUGUAAUGCUUAUUCGACGAGAUUUGCCAUCGGCACCAUUGCCUGGUUUAAACUGCAAAAAUAUCUUGUUUUGUAGUAUUAACUGUGUAGCGAAAUUUAUACAAUAGUAGGCGUUCUUUGAUAAGUGUACAAAUUCUAUUCGUUCAAUGUUGCAAUGCUCCUGUAAGUGUAUAAUCUUGGGUCUCCUCCACAGGACAAUAAAAAUGUUAGUUGCACUUUGUUUUGUCUCGCAUCGAUCACAUAUUCAUCUGUACUUACGGCCCACACUCUAGUUUAUUUUAACUAUAUAUAUUUUCCCUUGACGCCAAAGGACUUUUCUCUUUGUUUUGUAUUUAUGUCUUUGUACUUAGUACUUUUUAUUAUUAUGGAUUAUAAUAAUUAUUGAUGUUGAGCUGUUCGAAUAUUAUCAUUAUAUGCAAAUUAUGCGAUAUGUCAUUUUAUUGUUAGGCAAGUCAAACAAUACAGUGUUUUGUGUUCCGACGAUCAUUGUACAUAGACUCACGUUGUAUAUACCAAAGAAAAUCAAGAAUAUACGUGUUCGCUUUAAA